CUCUCACGCCGGUGACUGCAGAGAAAGUAGACUACGAUGGCAGAACAUAAUAGUGGACGCCUUGCUGCCAUAGUGGUGUUUCUUAUCGGCUAUCUAAUAAGCUUGGUGUUCAACGGGCUGUCUGUAGUUGGAGUUGGUCCUUACACCACCACUACAGCCAAUGUUUCUGCAGUUUUUGACACGCAGAUCACACCUUCAGGAUGGACUUUCAACAUCUGGAGUGUCAUCUAUGUUUGGUUGACGGCCAUGGUUAUUUACAUUGUCACAGGACUCUGCAGAAAAAACGGUUAUGGCUACGUCUACUGCAGCCCCUCAGUGCUGCCAUACGGUUUCUUCAUUAGCUGGUGCAUCAAUCUGUGUUUCAAUAUUGGCUGGCUGAUUGUUUGGGACAAAGGGAUCAUGAUUGCUGCAAUGGUUUUUCUUGUCCUGGUCAUCUGCACAAACUACGCCACAAUUUCCUUUGUCUGCCAUGGACUUCAUGUUUAUGGACCCUGGCUCAAGAAGUAUCACAAAGCAGACCUGUGGUGCUACCGUGUCAUUGUCCAGAAUGGUGUGAUGAUAUACACAACAUGGACAACCAUUGCGACACUGAUCAAUCUGACCAUAGUGCUGACUUAUGAAGUUAAAAUGUCUCCAACGGAUGCUGCCACCAUCUCCUACUCUAUUCUAAGUGUUGUACUGCUUCUGUGGUGUGUUUAUUGUCCGUUUGUGUUGGAAAACCUCGUCCUUGACAAACAUGUGCGGUACAUCCUCAUCGUCUACCCCGUUGUAAUUUGGGCAUUGAGUGGAAACCUGGACAAAAACUUUGAUGCUAAAUCACCAAAUCGCAAUGGCGUCUUCAUAGUUGUGCUUCUGGCUUUAGCCUGUGUGCUGUUUGUUCUCCGUAUUAUUAUUGUGAUUUGGAGAACCAUCAAAGAUCCCCUGUAUGAAGACGUCAGUCCUGAAGCCAUGGAACCCAUGGGGAUUGCUGAGAAACAGAAAAAGAUAUUCCGUUAAUCUUUUGACAGUUGCUAUCACAGAAAACAGUUCUUCUAAAUCUUGUAGUCAUGAUUUUGUGGUCAGAUUUUGCAUUUUUAACAGAUAAUGAUCCAAUUCUGAUGAAAAAUAAUAAUUUUUAAGUUCACUCAAGCAUAUUUUGCAAAUACUUCAGCUGUGUCUGACUGAUCUCUGAACCUUUUAUGGCUUUUUCCUUUCAUAUUUUUGCAAAAACAACUCAUUAGGGUCAGAUAAGGAAACUUUUACAACUCUAUACCUAGAGGCACCACAGUGUUAUCAUCCACCUUACAGUGUACGCUUAAUGUUGUAAACAUUUACCCCCUUUUAUUGAAUAGUUGCUUAUUGUUGAUUAUUAAAGCAAUUUGUUUUCCAAUGUACAAUGUCCAAUGUCCUCCAAUGUCCUCUGUAAGGUCAGUAUCUAUAGCUUAUAAAACACACCAUUGGACAUCCCCAUUGGACAUUAUUGGUGUUAUUUUUAAAUAAAUUGGCUUUAUUUUUAUGUAUUUACUUAUCUGCACAAGGAUUUUAAAAAAACAGAUUAUAAACACAUAAAAGAUGUGUCAAUUUCAGUAAGGACACAAACU